AUGUCAAGAGAUCUUGACGAUAUUGAUCUUUCAAGCCUGAAAGAUCCCUCAGGGAUUUUUGAGCUUAUCGAGGUUGUGGGUAAUGGCACGUACGGCCAAGUAUACAAAGGUCGACAUGUCAACACGAAUCAACUGGCCGCGAUUAAGAUCAUGAACAUAAAUGAAGAGGAGGAGGAAGAAAUUAAAAUGGAAAUACGAAUGCUCAUGGUGGUAUGUUUUUAAUGGUUUUGGUGUGUUUGAAGUUUAGGUUAGAGUUUGGAUAUUAUCUAUGAAGAAAAUUUGUGUUGAGGUAGAGAAAUGGAUAGAUAGUUGAUUGUUUUUGGAUUUGAAAGCUGCACAAGAAGUUCAAGUUUUAGAACAUCAAAAGUUGGCUAUCUGCUUUUUAUUUUUAUCAAAAGCUUUGAUUUUCUUCUGACAUUGAUCUAAAAAUCUUAGUUUCAGCCUGAAAACACAAGUUUCUGAUGCAUUUCUGCCAUUUUAAAUGUGUUUUUAAAUGUUAUAAGUUCUUAUUAAUAUAAAAAAUGAUUUUAGUAUUCGCACAGUCCAAACAUAGCAACGUACUAUGGCUCAUUCAUCAAGAAACUGCCUUCGUCCACCGGUAAACACGACCAACUCUGGUUGGUGAUGGAGUUUUGUGGUAGUGGAUCUAUCACAGACCUGGUGAAAUCGACCAAAGGAAACUAUUUGAAGGAGGAAUGGAUUGCUUACAUCUGUCGGGAGAUUUGUGCUGUAAGUUUUAAGAUAUUAGAGUUUGAAAAAAUGCGGUUUUGUUACCUAAAAGUUUUAAAAAUGCAAUUUUGUCACCUAAAAUCUAAAAAAAAUUAAUUUUUGAUUCAGGAGACUAUAUUUUUCAAUAUUUAUUGUAGUAUAACUAAUAUUAUUACAGGGCUUAAACCACUUGCAUAAGCACAAAGUCAUCCACAGAGAUAUUAAAGGACAAAAUGUGUUAUUGACCGACAACUGUGAGGUGAAAUUGGUCGAUUUUGGUGUGAGCGCACAGCUGGAUCGUACUGUGGGCAGGAGGAACACUUUUAUUGGUACACCUUACUGGUAUGUUCUUUUAUUUUUUCAUUUUGAGUUUAGGAAUUGUUAUACCAUCUGACUGUUUUCACAUGUCAUGACGACCGUAUAAAAAAUGUCAUCGUGAAAAGUUUUAUAUGCCAGUAUGAAUAUGUGAAGAUGUUACAAAAAUUAAAAUUUUAAAUUCCUAUGCAUUCAGGAUGGCUCCAGAAGUAAUAGCCUGUGAAGAGAACCCCAACGCCACGUACGAUGCCAGAUCAGACUUGUGGUCUUUGGGUAUCACAGCGCUGGAAAUGGCCGAAGGACAUCCACCGUUGUGUGAAAUGCACCCAAUGCGAGCCCUCUUCCUGAUCCCUCGAAACAAACCCCCGAGGCUGUCGAACAAAAAGAAGUGGACCAAGAAAUUUGAGUCCUUCAUCGAAGCCGUCCUUGUCAAAGACUACACUCAACGGCCCCAAACCAAUGAUUUGUUGAGGCAUUUGUUCCUGCGCGACGGCCCACCAGUGAAUCAGGUUCGAAACUCGAUCAAAGAUCACAUCGACCGAUUCAGAAGGAUGAACAAGAAGGACGAGGCUGAGUAUGAGUAUUCUGGAAGUGAAGAUGAAGAGAAUGCCGUGCCUAAUGGGCAGAACAGGCAUAGGGAUUUGGGUAAGGGAGAAGGUUUUUUGAGGUUUGAUUUACUGUUUCGAACCAAAAACAUUCAUUUUUGUUACCUAAAAUUUGAAACAAUCUCCAAAAACACCCUCAGAAUAGUUUUUAUUACCUAAACCAUCACAUUUUUAGCCAACAUGUCCCAAAGCGCAUACGGAGACACGUUACGUCGAGGCUUCCAACGUAUUCAAGAAUCCAACCUAAACGCCUUCGAGCACGCUGGUCCUCAACAAUUAAACCGUGUUCGCCCGAACGGUCAAGCCCAACAACAACCGCAGCAACGCCAAUAUCGCCAACAACAGCAACCCCAACCCCACUUCCGGCAUCCACAACCAAUCGGAAGUCAGAGUCCGCGGGAACGAGAGAUUCGAAUGAGGAAUCACGAUGCUAGGCUGGGCCCACCACAAAGAAUUGGAGUGGCUGGACAACCGGCCGCUGAUUAUAGGAGACAGUCCAGACCGCAUUCGCAGUAUGGGGUAAGAUUAAAAAUCCAGCUUUUUUUUAUUAUAACUUCAACUUUUUUCAAAACUUUAUUUUUUCCAGCCGCAACGCCACAUCUCUCCUCAUCAUCAAGGUGGUGCCCUAGUUCACCCGGCUGCUCCUCAGCUCACCGAGCUCGAGAAGAGUCGUCAGAAUCGACAACAUAGAGCCUCGGAACGGGAACGACAAUCCAGCCGACACUCGAAUGGUAUCCAACCACCUCAUAUGGCCAGAGUCAGUGCCAACAUACCAUCGAGUGUGUCACCGCUGAGGAAACUGAGCGAACCUUUGCUUAAUGGAAGACCGGAGGUAAGGAGCGCAAAGGUACGACUGAUUUUUGGAAAUUUAGGGGAAGGAUGAAAGUUUUUUUUAUUUGGGAGGGGUAAAAAGUUGAAAAUUGUUUUUUUGGGGGGAGGGGAGGAUGUCAUUAUGAAUUUUUUUUUUGAUUUUUAAAAUUUAAAGUUACUUUUUGAAAAAAGGGGAGGGCGAAAAUCUUUGUUUUGUUUUUCGGGAGUGGAUAUUUAAUUUUCUUCUAAAUAUGACAAAAAAUCAACAUUUGUUACAUUGCAAAUGACUUUUUUAAAUUCUAGGACUUGGACGUGCUAGCCAGCGAACUAAACCGCAUGGGCGGCCGAAUCCCCACCUCAUCUUCAAACCAAGCCAACGGUUCCACCAGCCCUCCACCACCCGCCCCACCACCACGUGACACCUCCAUAGCCAACCACAAUGGCCCAAACAACGGCACCAGCCCAGAAGACACCGUACUGGCUUCAGAACCGGCCGAAAACACUCUCAGAGGACCGAACAAGCCAUUACCUCCAACUCCAGAUAAUGGUCUCGACUCAGACCAUGAUCAAGAUGGUACGUUGAUGGUGCAUCGAAGAAGAAAUGGCAGUUCAACAAGUGUGAAGAGGCAUAAUAGCAGUGGAAGGGCGGAUUCACCGGCUUCGAUUGGCUCGAGACACAGAUUGAGUAUCGUCGGGAAGGCGGCUAGUGUUCCGGAUGUGAGUUUUUGACCGUUUCAGGCAAGAAAAUGACGCUUUUUAAUGUUCAGACAUCAGAAGAUAGAUUUUUAAAAUUAUUUUAGGUAAUAAAAUUAGCAUUUUUCAAAGCUUUAGGUAAAAAAAAUUUGUUUUGAGCAAAUUAUUUCACAAAAAUUUGAUUUUUUUAAAAUUAGGUAUCAAAAACAAUAUGUUUUACAAAGUUUUAAUUUUCAGGCCGAGCACUACAACAUCCUAACAGCCGGCGACCCAGAAUCCUCGUCUCCUUCCUCACCAAGCAGCCGUGAAGGCCCAUCGCCUUCAGAAUCCCCUCGCAACGACACCAGACGCCACUACGGCUCAGGAAUUCUCUCAACCAAGGCGAAUCAAGGCAGUCCCGCCACGAACCGAUCCCAGUCCAGCCUAGGCGUCAACCCCAACGACAUUGUGAACAAUCGUGCAGCUCAACGCAUGUUGGCACAAGAAGAAGAUACCGAGCAUGACGAUGGAGAUGAUGACGACGAUGACGAUGAAUCCCCGAUUCCGCAACGAAGAAUCAUUCAGCAGAGAAGUGUGGAUUCACAGUCGGUCGAGGAGGUAGGUUGUAUCAGGCUUUUAAAGGUUUGGAAAUGAUGCUGCACAUGUUGCUUUAGUGGAAGAUAAGGGGUUUGGCAACGUUUAUCAUGUUGUUUUGGGCAUGAUAUGAUAGCACUUUGCUUUAUAUAGUAAUUAGCUAAAUAUAUUAUUAAAAAUGAAUGGUAUAUGGCUAGUAUAAGCUUUUAUAUAACAAUCUUUUGGGCCUAAUAUUGCUGAAAUUGUGAAUUUUUUUUUGAAAUUUUUCGCCUGAAGUAAAGUUUAAAAAAGUUUAAAAUUUAUAGAUUUGAAAGAAAAUAGUUUAAAGUUAAUAUCUUGUAAUCUCUGCAGAUCGCUUCGCUGUUUGGCAGCUUCUACGUGAGUUUUGGUGUAGUAACGUAAAAAGCUCUGCCUAGUCGAAAAAGUGUUGUAAAUUGUUCAUUUUUAAUAUUGUUUUGUCACUCGUUGGUAUUGAAACAUAAAAUCAUACCUAAUUUUUUAAUCCCCCUCAUUUUCAGUUCCCAAUUGGCUCCAACGGUAACGGCCAAAGCCUUCAACCAAAGCCCCAAACUCCAUUGUCGCAACGUGAUCGCGAAAAGUCAUUCGUCGCUUACUUUGGAAAGCCAGGAGCUCGUCUCUCCAACGGUCUCGGCUCGACCGGUACCAUUAAUCGACCAGGCCGCGUGAAUCAAGACCUAAACCAAGUCCAGGUCAAUGUCAACCCAAAUCCGGCGGCCGGAGCCAGCAUGGAUAAUGACGCGCCCGAGAUUCGAAAAUACAAAAAGAAGUUUAGUGGCGAGAUUCUGUGUGCCGCCUUAUGGGGAGUGAACUUGUUGAUAGGCACGGACUCGGGCCUAAUGCUUCUCGACAGGUCCGGCCAAGGCAAAGUGUACCAGUUGAUCACGAGAAGACGAUUCGAUCAGAUGACUGUGUUGGAAGGACAGAAUAUAUUGGUGACCAUUUCUGGAAGAAAGAGAAGGAUACGAGUCUACUACUUGAGCUGGUUGAAACAGAAGAUCCUGAGGACAGAGGGGGUAGGUUGGGGAUUGAUUUAUGAAUUUUGGCGUAGAUUUUAUGCCAUUUUUCAUUAGAAAUAAGGAUUUUAUGUGAUUUUUCACCAGAAAUGAUUAUUUUAUGACAUUUUUCAUAAAAAAUUUUGUUAGCUAUAUUCUCCUCGAUACACUAACCCUAACCCCUUUCCAGGUCCAACAACAAGAGAAACGGAAUGGCUGGGUAAACGUCGGAGACCUUCAAGGUGCCAUCCACUUCAAAAUCGUCCGCUACGAUCGAAUCAAAUUCCUAGUGGUAGGCCUGGAGAACUCGGUCUCCAUCUAUGCCUGGGCUCCAAAACCCUACCACAAGUUUAUGGCAUUCAAAUCAUUUGGCCAACUCAGCCAUAUGCCAUUAAUUGUUGACCUCACGGUGGAGGAAAGUGCUCGUCUCAAGGUUUUGUACGGAUCUCACGAAGGUUUUCACGCCAUCGAUUUGGAUUCAGCUUCGAUCUAUGACAUUUAUGCUCCAUCAAUGAACAAUCCUCAAAUCACACCACAUUGUAUUGUCAUAUUGCCCAACACUUCCGGAAUGCAACUGCUUUUGUGCUAUGAUAGUAAGGGUUUUGAGAUUCUUUUUUCAUUUUCUUUUAGGUUUUUUGUUGUUUUAGGGUUAGGAUGGGGUUUUUGAGCGUUUUCAAAAAGAUGUUUUUGGGUAAUAAGUUGUAUGACAGAUCUUGUGAUUCAUUUCUCAAUAAAAGUGGGUAUAUUAUAGUAUGUAGAAAUUGAAGAAAAUUCAGCUUUUUGAGAAUUGGCAAUUCCAUUUUUUUUGUGAUGUUUUGGCUUGUUUUAAGCUUGAUUUUUUAAGAAUUUAUGGUCUUUUUUAAUCUUUUUAAGCAUAGAUUGUCUUUUCAAUAUUCCUACUAAUGCUUUUCGUAUUUCAGACGAAGGUGUCUACGUGAAUACUUAUGGUAAAGUGACGAAGAACGUCCAACUUCAAUGGGGAGAACCCCCAUCGUCGGUCGGUAAGUGGAUUUUCAAUGAUUUUUGGAAUCUAAAAUUUGUUUUUAUCAAAAAAAAACAUUUUGAUGGAAUGGAAAUCGUAUUUUUUUGCAGUAAUAUUACUACGUUUGGUACCCUUUGAUUUAAAAAAAAGACUUCCUUUCCGAGACUAAAACUAUAUUUUUGCCCAAAAAAUUAUUUUUUGCCAUUUUUAAUAUUACGUUGUUCAAAUAAUUCCGUGCUCCCUUCAAAAAAAUUUUGGUAGUUAGGGGCACAGAAUUAUCUAAACAGCCCAAUAAAACUCAAAAAUUAACAUCCGUAUUUUAGCCUACAUCUCCACGAACCAAAUCAUGGGCUGGGGCAACAAAGCCAUCGAGAUCCGCAACGUCGACACCGGCCACUUGGACGGGGUUUUCAUGCACAAAAAGGCCCAAAAACUCAAGUUUUUGUGCGAACGAAACGACAAAGUCUUCUUUUCGUCGGCGAAGGGCGGCGGAGCCUCCCAAAUCUACUUUAUGACAUUGAACAAGCCCGGCCUUUCGAAUUGGUAG